AUGGAAAGAGAAGAAGCCUCACAAGAUCCGUCCAAGAAAGCGAGAAGUCUACGAGACCUUGUCUUUACUCGCCAGUUCACAACUUUCGACCGACAAAACCCUCUCAGCGCAGAGUCGCCCUUCCACGGUUUCUUCACUCUGUUCUGGUUGGCCAUGGUCCUCAUGUUCUUCAAGGUCUCUGCGUACAACUGGAAAGAGCAUGGAAGUAUCUUUGGUGGUAAUGAGGUCUUCAAGAUCAUGUUCAGUCAUGAUGUCUUGAUCCUGGGACUCACUGACGGGGUCAUGGUCUUCUCAUCUGUCUUGGGAUUCUUGCUACAAAAAGCGAUUGUCAAAAACUACAUCAGCUGGAACGGAUCAGGAUGGAUUAUCCAGAAUGUCUGGCAGACCUUCUUUCUAGGCUCUGUCGUCUGGUGGAUGUUCUACCGUGAAUGGCCGUGGACCCAUACUAUCUUUAUGGUUCUACACACCAUGGUCUUUCUCAUGAAGCAGCAUAGCUAUGGCUUCUACAACGGUCACUUGUCCGUCUUUUACAGGCGACGCAACAUGCUGAGAGAAAAACUGCGAGCCCUUCGCGAGAUGGAGCCUAUACCAUCCGCGCCAAGCAGCCCUCAAGGCAUAAGUCCUGCAGUGACUAGUGCGAUGGAACAGACUGACACAGGCGAGAAGAAGCGUCGUCCUAUGGUUCAUCGAACUUCAACAAAUCUGGAUAACGAAAAGUCUGAUGUAGCUCGAGUUGCGAAGGCUAUGCAGUCCGGUCAACCUCUAACAGUGGAUCAGAUGCUAGCAUUUCAGCGCAUCAUCGAAGAAGAGAUUGCCGCGCUAGACAAAGAGCUGAAGGGUAAGGCGCAGUCUGACGAAAAGGCAUAUCCCAACAACCUGACAGUGAGCAACUUUGCCGACUGGACCAUUCUACCCACACUGGUGUACGAACUUGAAUAUCCCCGCCAGGAACAAAUCAACUGGUGGUAUGUACUGGAAAAGUCUAUGGCAACAUUCGGUACGCUUUGCGUGAUGCAAGUCAUCUCUCAAGCAUACAUUUACCCUCCAGUGGCCGAGACUGUGCGCAUGAAGGAAGCAGGCAUGUCAUUGGAAGACAGAGCAAGGCAGAUGCCAUGGAUUGUGAGCGACAUGCUGUUUCCACUAUUGUUGGAGCAGCUCUUGUCGUGGUAUGUCAUAUGGGAAUGUGUGCUCAACGUGCUGGCCGAACUCACAUGCUUUGCCGACCGAGGCUUCUAUGGCGAUUGGUGGAACAGCGUUUCAUGGGACCAGUAUGCAAGAGAUUGGAACAGACCAGUGCACAACUUUUUGCUUCGACACGUCUACCACUCUUCAAUCUCAGCCUUCCACCUGUCCAAAGGAUCGGCGACAUUCGUUACGUUCCUGUUGUCGGCAUUGGUGCACGAGUUGGUCAUGGCAUGUCUUUUCAAGAAGGUGCGCGGGUAUCUGUUUACGAUGCAACUGCUACAGAUGCCUCUGGUGAUGCUCAGUCGAACCAAGCUUCUCAAAGGCCGAAACCUGUUAGGAAAUGUGGUGUUUUGGAUUGGGCUCUUCGUUGGCCCGAGUGUGCUGACCAGCUUCUAUCUUUUGAUUUAG